AUGGCUCGCCGCCUUUGUGACGAUGCCCCAGAGAAUAUCAACCUCCAGAAAUUCCUUGUACGGCGUAGCAAUCUUCAGCAACGGCCAAAAAAACCUAAGCUCACACCAAAGGACUGCGAAAUCAAUAUUCAAAAGCUGAAUGGAGAUGGUCCUCUGGCAUCAAAAGAUGCAGACGCCACAAAGGAAAACAUCACUGGCAUAUGCCGCAAGUGGAAAAGGUUCUGCGAAUUCAGAAACGAGCAAUACUGGCGGGCAGCUAUUCAAAAGUGUAAUAAAGGGACUAUUAUGAUGUUCCUCCGAUAUAUCUGUGAGAAUUAUAGGAUACGCACAUUCAGUUCUGUACAUCAAUAUCUGCUUCAGUUCAAGCAGCUUUACAACCGAGUCAACGGACGGCAUAUGGACACAAAUGAUGCGAAAGAAGUUUUAAAGUAUCUCGACACUAUCUUAACCAAAGAGUUCACUUUAAGACGAGAAAAGACGGCAAAGCCAGUGUUGGGAGCAGACGACCUUAUCCUCCUCCUCACCCAUCAUUGGGCCCGGGACACAUCUAUUUUUCCAACCGAAGAUCAGCGUUUGGCACUUGCAACAAUCAUGCUCCUCCUUAUCUAUACCGGCUGUCGACCCGCCGAGCUGGUUGAUGCAGCCAAAGGGAAAAUUGCUAUUGGUCGCGAUCAAACAUAUGAAGACGACAAUUGGGAUAAUGAAUGUGAGGGCUUGGAUGAGACGAAAGAUGAUGAUCCUAUAUAUGAGAAUCCAGAGCCUUGGGUUGAUCCAAAGAUCUCCGAUUAUGAUGAUAAGGAUGAUGAGGAUAUUCUUACACGAGAAUAUAAAGCUCUCUGUUAUGAAGAUAUCCGUCUUUGGAUUGUCCGAAAUCCUACCCCUGGAGAACGCGAUCUCCUUGGAAUGGAGAUCACUCUUGCUCAUCACAAAGGAGCUAAUAGAAACCCCAAACCGACUACGUUCCUUUUUCACGAAGAAGCUUUACCAAUUCUUUGUCCUGUUAGCCAUAUCUUAGCCAUUGCCAUCAGGGAUAAUGCAAUCAAGGUAGACGGAUUUACUCACGCCAAACCUUUUUUUACAAGCAACCUACAAGACCCUACAAAAGCAGUUCUGGUGCAUUGGAAGCCAGAGAAACUCAAAAUACCGAUCUUUCGGCAGGCGGUAUGGACAUUUGAUGGUCUAUCAACAUCAGAACAUAAGGCCCUCCGUUACUCGACCUUUGCAUAUUACCUUGACCGUCUUGGUUGGGCUGCCGGAUUUGCACAGAAGCUAACUAGCUAUUGUUUCCGUCGAGGUACUGGGAAUGCUGUAGACGGGGCAGCUACAACUGCUGUGCGUGACCAGGUGAUGAGGCAUAACCCUCAGACAGGAGUCUUUUGCGGAUCCUACAUCAACGAAAAGGUCCGGUUUAUCGUUCAAGAUGCGGUAUUAGACCAGCCAACGAAUAUCGGAUUUCUUCGUGCCUUUACACAUAUGAGUCUCACAUGUGAUCCGCGUGCCCCAAUCGAUGUGCCCGAAGAGAUUUUGAAAGCCCUCCCUCCGGAUCCAGAGAUAAUGGAACUUAAAAGAGAACGCGAGGAAUACAAAAGGCAAUAUAGAUCCUACAAUCGAGCUCCACCUGAAAUCCGCAAAGAAUGUGAACAACUCCGUCGGCAGAUUGAUUCUUUACAGAAACAACGUGAUCGAGCAAUCAAGAUAGAGUUCCGGCGAGAUUAUUUCGAUCGUAUCCAUGAUGAAGAAUUAGAGAGGCAACUCAAAAAGGUCCCUACAAACGAAUAUGUUGAGCCUGUCGUCCAUCAUCAGCUUCCAGAACGAACUCGACUCCAAGAGGUGCUUUGUGAUCUCUCGAGGGACAUGAGCCCAAGCGAUAUCGUCAGCCGCCGGAUCCGUACCAUUGACUUAAUGGUAGCACUCUCCUAUCGACAGGAACAAGAAGUUCAACAUAGCAACCACUCAAGUAGGGAAUCUUCAGAGUUUUCUGAGGAACAACCUUUGUGCAAGGACCCCUUUCCCCUUCUUUCUGAAGCAUCAACUUUGACGAAUACCCUCCUCUCUACUGUUCGACUACAACGUCACCUUGGCGCUCGUGUUAUUAUCUCUACGCAGGAACCAACAAUUUCUCCUUCGCUUUUGGAUCUAUCUUCAAUUGUUAUUGUGCAUCGAUUCACUUCACCCGAAUGGUUGAACAGCUUGAAACGCCACCUUGCAGGUGCUACUUCUAAUUUGCUUGAUGAUGACAAUACAGAUUCAGAUGGUCUUGCGAGUUCAAGAGGAAACGGGGAUGGUGCGAAAAGAUUGUUUGCCGAAAUUGUAAAGCUAAGUGUUGGCGAAGCGUUGUUGUUUUCCCCUAGUGCUAUGAUAGACGUUGAAGUAGGUAGUAACGGUAAAGUGGCGGUGGGGAGGCAUGGUGAUGGUUUCUUGAAGAUUCGAGUUAGGAUAAGAUUGACUGCUGAUGGAGGCAAGAGUAUUGUGGCAGCUUAG